CCCGGCCCAUUACCCGUCGCUCCCAUUCUUUGUCUAUCCAUUCUUUCCCUCCAUUUCUCGUUGGCCAUGGCUCCCGCCAGCGCCUUCAACCAUUUCCCGUCCACUCAUUUCCUUCUCCAGCCAAGCCACAACACUCUGCUUAACAACUUUUCCUCCUUUCCUCGAUUCUCCAGAAUUGUUCCCCCAUUUUGGAGCUUCUCCGUCACAGCUUCCGACAACCCGAGGCCUUCCGGCGGGAGACAGGCUAUCAAUCACUCGGCCAACAGAGCCAGAACCACAAGCCCGAAAAGUUCGAAGCCCAAGUCUUCUCACGGAACUUCCCGGAGGUCAGCGCUUAAAAAGACCUUCAGGCAGGAGCAGGUGAGCUUCGCUAAUCGGGUUCCCGAUGACCCGGUGGUUGGGAUUAUUGGAGGUGGGAUGUCUGGCCUGGUCUGCGCGCUUUACUUGGAUAAGAGAGGCAUCCCGUCCACCGUUUUUGAUUCGGUUGGUCGUUUUUAGUUUCCAUUUAUUCAAAAUGCUUUGAGUAUUCAGUUGCAGAUGAGAGGAAUGCGAAUUCCUAAGAGGGGAAUUCAUGGCUUAGGUGGAAGAAUGGGCACACGGAUAAUUGAUCCCCAAUCAUUGAUAUUUGACCAUGCAGCUCAGUUCUUCACUGUGAAUGAUCCCAGCUUCUCAGAGUUGGUAAAUGACUGGUCCAACAGGGGCCUGGUUGAACAGUGGCAUGGUACAAUUGGGGAGCUUCAAAACGGAGGGAUAUUCACCCCUUUUCCAUCUUCUUCACCUCCAAGAUAUAUAGGGGUCAAUGGAAUGCGCCCACUUGCAGAUUCAAUACUGUCCCAGAUUUUCUAUUUUUCAUGAUUCAAGAUUCUGAUAAAGAAGACACUCAGGAAGCCAAAAGGAACCAAUGGCACCAAGCAUGUCAGUGCUACUGGCUAGCAUAUCAUCAAAGGUGGAACAAGCAACACCACCUGUUCUCAUUGAGGGCCAUGUUAUUAGACACAAGAGCUAUUGUCUGCAUGUCCCUUCCCUAGUCAACUUAGCUCUUUCUCUCUAUCUUUCAUCUUUUAUUCCAAUGCCUUCACUCCUUCUAACAGGUGUGUCCAUCAGAUGAUACUGUGCAUGGCUAUAGUGUCAGUGAUUCAAUGGGUAGAAAGGUACAUGAAAACACUAUGAAAGACCUAUGACUUAGUAUGACUUUUUUUUUCCAGUCCCCUCAUAGUUUUGUUGGCAUCUUCUUGAUCUCACCCUUCUGGAAAUGAGGAUAUCUAUAAGGGCGAGUGCUCAUCAGCUUUGAAGCCUUUGACCCUUCCAUUAAAUGAAUCUCAUGAUCAAACAAGUGGUGUGUGUGGGGGAGGGCCUGUGGGCUGAGUGAAGACCUGAACUUUCUGGAAAUUCAGGUCCUGAUUGUGCGCUGCCACAUUGCUCAUUAACUGGAAUAUUUGAAAGAAACCGUGUAUAUCAUCCUUCUGGACCGAGGCCCGUAAGUGAAAGUUCUCCCCGGCUCUGUAUUUUAGUCACCACGUAGCAAAAUUUCCUUACCCUUCCACCUGAAUUCCUUUAUCAACAUAGCAUAAUCGUGUGUAGCCUUACCCAGUUCUUGUAGUCACUGUACAGCAAGGGAAAAAAUCUGGAUCCAUUAUGGGAAGAACAGUCCUAAUGCAAACUGCUUUCCUUGCACCACCAGUCACACUCUAGAAAAUUACCAGUAACAACGUAAACAAAAAGUGUUAAUAUUGGUGCUACAGGAAGUUGCAUCUUUUCGACCACCGAUGGUUGAGCUACAUUGUGUACAUUUUUGCCAUCAAUGAGCACCACAAUUUACUGAUUAUGAAUAUCCUUUUAAUCACAUUAAUUCCAGGUUGCCCAGGCCAGCCAAGCUAUUUAGACUCGAGAUAUCACCUUGAAUGGAUGUCUGAUAAUCUAACCUUCUAAAUCAUUUUUUUUAUCAUCUAACCUUCUAAAUCUUGUAAUGCCUAUUUUUAUUUUAAGCAGUCCACCAUAAUUUUUAGUUGCGGGCAACUUAUCUAUAUCAUUUGUUGUUGUCAUAUUGUACUAUUAUAGUAUUGAAGCAAAAACCUGCUGCUCAAGGGACAAGCUUUGGGUGUAGAAAAAAGACCAUUAAUCUUUUCCAUUUUCAAUUUUUUAUAUUUAAUUUCUAGCCAAGAAGCCAACUGGAUGUAUGGAACUAAUAGUAUUCACUUGAUGCUUUAAGUCUAGACAAAAGCUAUCAAAAUAUUAUUUCAUGUGAAUUUCUAGAACUAUCACUCUUGCGUAUUUUUCUCUAAGAAUCCUUGAAAUUUGUCGUGCACCGGGCUGCCUUUUUUUUUAAAUCUUGGAAAUUUGGAUGUGAUGCAGACUAGCUUAGUCAAAGUUGUACGUCCGUGUUGGAUUAGUGCCCUUGAUCCAUAUAAUGGGACAUGGCACCUAAGUGAGAAUGGGAAAUCUUGUGGCCACUUUGAUGCAGUUGUCAUUGCACAUAAUGGAAAAUGUGCAAAUCGGUUGCUUGCAUCAUCAGGUCUUCCAAUAAUUGCAAGACAAAUGAAGCGACUUAAGUUGAGUUCGAUAUGGGCUCUUCUCACAACAUUUGAGGAUCCCCUUCCAAUAGCCAAUGCAGAUUUUGCUAGCUUUGAGGGAGCCUUUGUUAAAGGGGUUGAUUCUGUCUCAUGGAUGGCAAACAAUACCAAGAAACUGUCGGGUUUCAAGACUAUUGGUCCUCAUUGUUGGACAAUUUUGAGCACAGCAGCAUUUGGAAUGCAAAACAAAGUUCCACAGGAAAGUAUUCCAACUGAUACAGCUGUGAAAGUGAAGGAAACUAUGCUUGAGGGCGUUGAAAAAGCAUUAGGACUUCCACACAGAUCACUUAAAAGUCCAUCCUAUACUCGGUUACAGUUAUGGGGUGCAGCACUUCCUACAAACACUCCCAGCAUUCCUUGCAUCUUUGAUCCUUAUGGAAGAGCAGGUGUAUGUGGUGACUGGUUACUCGGUUCAAGUUUAGAAGCCGCAGCCUUAAGUGGGAUGGCUCUUGCUAAUCAUAUUGCUGAUUACAUGCAAAGUGGUGGAGAGCGUCCUGAAGGGUUUGCUGCUGGUUUGCACGAUGAAUUUGAAUCAAUCGAUGGGCAUGAUAUUGGUCAAUUUUCCCAUCUGGAGCCCAAUGGCCACAUUGAGAAUUCCUUUGUUCCUCUCUGAUCGUGACAUGACUAUUUCUGUAAACCAUUGCCUGGUACUCUGGUAGUGCUAUGUUGUGAAAAGAAAAAACCGGGCGGAAGGCUUUUAGAAUAUCUGUGCCACUUUUCCUUAGAGAUAAAAGACAAUUACAUACGAGUAUACAACUAACAGCUAGGCCCAUCAAUAGAUCAGGUCUAGACCAGACCUGAUCUGAACCUUUUCUUUUAUGUGUAUUGGUUUGCGCUUCUUCAUUCCAUUUAUUCAGACCCGAGCUCUAAUUGAACCUGAACUCAUUAUUUAUAUUGACAUCUCUUUUUGCAUUUUUAUAGCACAUUUACAGUAAAAACUUUGUACUAAAAAGUAAAAAGUUGAUCUAGUCCACUCAGU